CUUCUGGCUCCAAAAACCCAAGAUGGCGACGGUCAAAAUGCAAAUUCAAGGCUACAUCAUAGAUGUAUAAUUGGCUACAUCCAUGCUUCAGACUCGGGAGUCCACAAACCAAUCUGUGACGUCACAGUGGCUGUGUCCUUUUUUUAGUCUAUGGUGUUAUGUUAAUGAAAGUUAAGUUUUACUGAAGUCAUCUUUGCUGCAGUGACAUGGCUGGUGCAAUCCGCAAUAGCAGGUGAACAUGGCUCUGAACAAGAAAGGGAAAGGAGGGAGCAGAACCCAGGACAGAUCCAGUUAGAGAUGAACCUGAGUCAGACAGGGAGUAUUUUGAGGAAGUCUUUGCAGGGAUGUCUAUGGAGACAGCUAUUGGCAGAAGGAGUAAGGAGGAUGGGGCCAUGUGUGCGGGUCCACGGCAGCUCGGUGAGAUCCAGGCAGCAUUAUGCACACCAAGAGAAUGAGGCUUAGCAUAUAUUGAGUGUUUAUGCUGCAGAAUAGAAAGUGUGGAGCACCUUUGCUUAAACUCACUGACUGUUAAAUUGGGCUUAACUAAAAAUCCCUCUUACACAAACAGAAAGUGAUCCAGAGCUUUUUUUUUUUUUUUUUUUUGCAUAAAAUCUAUUUCAUGUGGGCAUUUUUUUCAAAUUACGUAAUUUUUUCAUAUUGAUGGGUCUCUUUGCUUUACAUUAGAAUAUACAGAAAAUGUGUUUAUGGAGGAGAUUGAGAGAGAGAGAGGGAAUAUGACCAAAAGAUGAGGGAUAAUGUGUUGAAAGAGGUGAUCUGGAGGAGAGUGAAGGAUAUCCAUUGUUUGUCUUCUUAAGGGCAGGGCACACAUGGGGGACAGAGCUGGAGUGUAUGUGGAUUAGAGUGAAGCUCCGUCCUGAAUAUAUAACCAACCCAAGGUCUUCCCUCCUCUCCUCUCUACUCUUCUUUUCUCCACUUCUCUCCUAGCGUAGAAUGGCUGCUACAAGAGUUGUGAGACUGUGAAAUAUUAACGUCCUGUAAGUAUUCUUACUGGACACCUCUUUGAUGUGAGGACAUAACGAGAAUAACAUAUGGCACGUAUGUAUCUUAUACAGUUCACUCACGUUUCUUGCCCAGUGUAAAUGGGUCAGAAGCAGAAAUCAUGGUUUGGGAUGCAUUUUUUAUGGGUUGGUUAUGAGCAGGGAAGGGCAAAAGUAGUGUAUGUCGGAACAUAUUUUGAUUUAAGAUGUAAAACAUACAGCGUGUAAAAUAUGAUACCAAAUACUUCAACCCAAACUCAUAUCAAAACAAAAUUCUGUAUUUUUGAAUGGGGGAAAAAUACAAUAAAACACCGCUCCCCUGUAGAGCAUCGGAACAGUUUUCACUUAACUAGAUUGAAUGAGAUAUCAAACAGACUAAAUGAUCAAACAGGAAAAAAAUAUUGACGCACAAGCAGCCAUUCAUGUAGCUACAGUACAUUGCUCCCUCAGCUGAUGAGGUUAGAUAGCAUUGUUAUAUUCUUCUUCAGUUUUUUACAAUUCAUACAGUCUCUUUGUAGCAACAAAUACAGGCUCUUUAACAUCUGAAGUGUUUUGUGCCAUGCAUUUUAAUCUGCUAGGUGCUCUUGUUUGCUGGCAAUUAAGAACGUAACACAGAAAAUCACUGCUGUGUCUGUAUGGAGCACGCACAUGGCAUGAGUAAUGAGGAACAUGACCAAUCAUGUCAAAUUGUUAGUAUUAUUUUUUCUUUCUUUUUUUUUUUUUAAAUGUCCACUAUCCAACAGCUAAAAUUAUUAGCUGUUUUGCAAUAUGACAGGGGUCAAAUAGCAUGUUUCCACUUUUAACCACCUCCUUGCUGACCUCCUGCUGAUAAGAAUCUGAGCAAAUGAUUGUGUUCGAUUUGCUUAGGAGUGAUUUAAACCUGAUGAUGAAUGUUACUGCACUGAGAUAAAAAUGUGUUUCUGGAUUGGUGCACAGGUUUAUACUCGGCCCAAAUGGUGUCACCCAGGCUGCUAAUCGAAUGCACACAAACAAAGGUUUGAGGGAUGGAAUAAACAUGAUGUUUUUCCCUAGAACAACAAAUAUAAAUUGCAUAUUAUGUAUUUCAAGAAUGCAUUUCAAAUAUAUAUAUGUGUGUGUGUGUGUGUGUGUGUGUGUUUAAAGCAAUCCAACAUUUUGUACCCGAUACCACUCACAUCAUCUUAAAACUGCAUACCAGCACCUGUAAAGCUCACUCAUUAACACAGUAUAUAUCUGAUUUGUUUAAAUGGAUUUUGUUACCUUCAUACAGAGGCAGGCCACCAGCUGUUUUCCACUGUUUCCAAUCUUUAUGCUAGGCUAAGCUAGCCUGUUGCUAGCCCAUAUUUACCAUAUAGAUGUCCAAGUGGUGUAAAUCUUUUUAUCGAACUCUGAGCAAGAACACGAAUAACUGUAUUUUUCUGUAUAUUAUAUAUUAUAUAUAACUGUAUAUUAUGCUAUGGGUGGAAUCACAGUUCAGCAUUGUCUUUACACUUGAGAUGCGUAGUGGUAAAGGAUGUUUGCCUUAUAAAUACAAGACUACAACAGUGUAGCACUGUGGCUUUGUUUGAAUGCUCCUCUCUUCUUCUGUCCUUGUCACAGACAACACCAUGUACUUAAGCAGGGAUGUUGCAGGUGAAGCAUUUUUGGUCCGUGGUGGCCAAUCCAUCCUCACGCCCUCCACUGGCCAGAACAAGUGACGUGGGAGUGAAGGACGUGGAGUGAAAAGUCCUCAUUGAUGGAACUGUGCUGAGUACAAGUGAAGUAAAGGUGCCAUGAAUAAAACAUUGAGACUGGUUGGAAGAGGCACCUUGGCUAGAGGGUCAGCUGUCUAACUGCCGCUGGAGAAUAGAGGGGCCCCCCAUCAGGAGAAGUACGCCGAAUCACCGCCAUUUGAUAGAAAAAGCUGCAGGGGCAAGAUAGAGGGAGAUUGGGUGCAGAUUUAAAACUCCAUGAUGCAUAUCCACAGGUCUGACCUUCAGGAUGCAUCUUGAUGAGUGCCGAAGGUAAUGACACCGCUCCACUCGCCAACGCUUGUCAUGAAGCUGCAUCUGCCAACGAGGCUACGCUAGUGCUAUCGUCAGCAGAUCUGCGAAGCCUACAGCUAUCUAGAGUGCCCAUCCAAGGCAAUGUUAUCAGAGAAAAGCUGCUCUAACUCAUAGAUACAUCUCUCUAGCAGAGACACCCUCAUCAUUUUAGAGAAGCCAUGUUAACUGUGGAUGCUAAAGCUAACUGCUAAGCUAGGCUAAGCUCGAAGCUAAGUAAAACAGGGCAGCAACAAAGGCUACCCAAUAACGCUUAUGUUGUUUCUGAAAGAAAAGUAGCAAAGCUAGUGACAUGUGGACUAAGUACACAAUAAAAACAUAGACAAUUAUAUGAACAAUACAUCAUAAUAUAGGACAAAACACGGAGGAGGGACGGUGUAUGCAAUGGUUAUCGAUCUCAUGGAAGUUGGGAGCAGCGUCAAGGACUGUUUUCAUCUUGACUAUUUCUUUAGUCGGAAGAAGUUCUAAUUAAAUUUCAUUUUCCAGGUCUGUUAGCACCACAAAUUCCUCAAAUUCCGCCACUUUUGCAUUGGUGGCAGAAAUCUCAUAGAUAUUUCACAACCUGCAUCUGAACCAAUAUGCAAAGCCAAGAGAGAUUUCAGCACCAUGGACAGAGCUAUCAGGACAUUGCUGCUCUGGUUGAAGCUCUGGUUCCUGAAGGGUAAAUUUAUGUUCCACUUGCCUCCACAGAGAGCCCUGGUUAGCACCACAACAGCGCCCCUGGAGCAGAGUCUGUGCUCUGUGCUGUGGCUGUGCUGAGUGACUAAGCGGAACCCUACAAGCCAUGGAGGAGAUGGACAGUAAACCCUACCAGCCGUUGUCGAAGGGGCGCCAUGAAAUGGAGAUGUCGUACACCAGUUCGUCUGACGAGAGCGAGGACGGCCGCGCCCACCACCGCUCCUACACCUCACGCGAAACCCUGCCUGACUACACACACGAGCUACGCCUCACCCUUGGUUCACACCGGGAAAGACAAAGCAACUACAGCCAACCCCAGCCAGAUCUAGAUUUCUGUAAGGCUGGGCAGAUGAGGAGCCCAGACUACCACAUCCACCCACAGCAGCAGCAGCAGCAGCAGCAGCAUCAGGAGGAGGAGGAGGCGUUGUGCUCUGGACCUGCCGCUCACGUCCACAGCCGCGGCUACUCCCUGGGCGUGGGUUCGGACGUGGACACGGAGCCUGAGGUGGACCCCUCUCCCGCUCACGGCCUGCAGCACAUGUGGAUGCGCGGCUUGAAGUCCGAGCAGAGCUCCUGCCUCACUAGCCGCGCCAACUCCGCCCUCUCUCUCACCGACACUGAGCAUGACAGGAAAUCUGAGCCUGACAAUGAGCUGCCCAGCAGUCCAGGUGGUCAGUUCACAUUUCGCCCGCUGCCCCCGCCUCCCCCGCCGCCCCACGCCUGCACCUGUGCCCGCCCGGCGCCCUACACUCAAGUCAGUCUGCAGAGGAAGACCAUGCCAACGCGGUGCCAGACCAGUCAGGGCGGCCAGGGGGCAGACACCAGUUCGAGCACAGACCAGGCACAGCUUCACAACAGCUGGGUGCUCAACAGCAACAUUCCCCUAGAGACCAGACACUUCCUCUUCAAGCAAGGCUCUGGUUCAUCAGCUCUUCUGUCAGGGGCCGGGCAGGGUUACCCCCUAACCUCCGGGACAGUGUACUCCCCUCCACCCAGGCCCCUGCCUCGCAGCAGCGUGACCAGACCACUGUUUACCUUCAACAAGCCUCACCGCUGCUGCAACUGGAAGUGUACAGCCCUGUCUGCAUCACUCCUCACUCUCACCCUGGCCCUGCUGCUCACAUACGUCAUCGCGGUCCACCUGUUAGGUCUGACCUGGCAUCUGCGGCAUGGUGAGAGCCAGCUGUAUGACAACGGCCUGAGCUCGGCGGACCAUCAACAGGAGGACCGCAGCAAAACCAGACCUACCAGCUCCAUCCACCUGCUGGACACGCUCAAUCCUGAAAACCCACAUGCCGGCGACAGAGAGAAGUGGGUGCGAGGCCGGGCCAUCGACCGUGGCGAGGUCGACAUCGGGACCCAGCAGAGCCAGCCCAUCCCCCCGGGGCUUUUUUGGAGGUUUCAUAUGACUGUGCACCAUCCAACCUACAUCAAGUUCAACCUCUCUCUCUCACACAACGCACUGCUGGGGGUCUAUGGACGCAGGAACAUACCGCCCACACACACUCAGUUCGACUUUGUGAAACUGUUGGAUGGCAAGGCGCUGCCCAGGUCCUUGACUGAUCCCGUCUCAGCUGCCAAAGCUCCCAAAGGCCUGCUGCUGAGCGGCCUCCAAGAAACAGGCUUCAUUGAGUACAUGGACCCUGGCACCUGGCACCUCGCUCUCUACAACGACGGACGCAACCUGGAGCAAGUGUUGCUCCACAGCACUCCCAUAGACACAAUGGAUGGCUGCUCCACUGAUUGUAAUGGAAAUGGAGAGUGUGUGGCUGGACACUGCCACUGCUUCGCUGGAUUCUUGGGUCCUGACUGUGCCAAAGAUUCAUGCCCUGUGUUGUGCAGCGGUAACGGCGUGUACGAGAAAGGAAGGUGUGUGUGCCUGGCAGGGUGGAAGGGGGCAGAGUGUAAUGUGGAGGAAGGUCAGUGUAUCGACCCCACAUGCUCCAACCAUGGCUCCUGCAUCCAGGGAAUCUGCAUAUGCAGUCCGGCCUACAAGGGGGUUAACUGUGAACAAGUGGACUGCGUAGACCCUCAGUGUGGUGGGCACGGCGUGUGCGUGCGCGGGGAGUGCGUGUGCUCGGCAGGCUGGGCAGGAGUAAGCUGUGAUGACCCGCUGCCAGCCUGUCAGGAACAGUGUUCAGGACAUGGCACCUAUCUCCCCGAGUCAGACACCUGCGCCUGCCAGCCCAACUGGACGGGCCCAGACUGCUACACUGAGCUGUGCCCGGUGCCAUGUGGCAGCCAUGGAGUUUGCUCAGAGGGCCAGUGCCAGUGCGAGGAGGGUUGGAUUGGCGCUGCGUGCGACCAGAGAGCGUGCCAUCCUCGCUGCGAAGAACACGGCCAGUGCCACGAUGGGACCUGCAUCUGCCAGCCUGGCUGGGAGGGAGAGCACUGUAACAUUGUUACUCAUGAUUUGGACGUUGUAGUGAAAGACGGCUGCCCAGGGUUGUGCAGUGGGCAUGGGCGCUGUACCCUGGAGCAAAGCGGCUGGCGCUGUGUCUGCCAGGCUGGAUGGAGUGGGCCUGGAUGCAGUGUUGUCAUGGAAACUGACUGCAGUGAUGGAACAGACAACGACGGAGACGGCCUGAUGGACUGUGUGGACCCAGACUGCUGUGAGCAGCUGAGCUGCGGCUCUGACCCGCUGUGCCACGGCUCGGCCGACCCCUUGGCCCUGUUGCAGCAGAGCCCGCUGCCCCCCACUGCACCCCCCUCACCUGCCAGCACACACACUCACAGCUUCUACCGCCGCAUACGCUUCCUCCUCGGCAAGGCGGCCACACACACUCUCCCCGGAGACGUGCCCUUUGAUACCAGUCGGGUAGCGGUGAUUCGAGGUAGUGUUGUGCUGCAGGAUGGCUCUCCUCUGGUUGGAGUCAACAUCACUUUCCCGCAACAUCCUGAGUAUGGAUACACUAUCAGCAGGCAGGAUGGAAGUUUUGAUCUGGUGACAUUGGGCGCGAUGUCUAUGACCCUGAUGUUCCAGCGUCCACCUUUCCUGCCACAAACACGCACCAUCUGGACGCCUAACAACAACUUCCUGGUUCUGGAUCAGGUUACCAUGUCAAGGGAGGAAGCGCAGCCUCCUAAAUGUGACAUCAGGAGUGUUUUGAGUCCUUACCCGCUGGUCCUGCCCUACCCGCUUCCCAGAUUCAUGAGAGCAUGUGUAGAGAAGGGUCCAGCUGUACCUGAGUUACAGGCAGUGCAGGAAGAAGUUUCAAUCCCAGGAGCCUUUGUGAAGCUGAACUAUUUGAGCACCCGUGCAGCAGGUUACCUCUCUCUGCUGCGAAUCCUCCUCACACCUCCCUCCCCGUCCUCCCCCGUCUCCCCACUGGGCGGUCUAUCGAAGGUUCAUGUCCGUGCAUCAGUCCAGGGAAGGUUGUACCAGCGCUGGUAUCCUGCUGGACCUGGCCUGGUACACAGGCUGGUCUGGAACAAGACUGAUGUUUAUGGCCAGGAGGUCUGGGGCCUCACUCAUGCAACUGUAUCAGUUGGCUACGAGUACGAGUCGUGUCCUGGCGUCAUUCAGUGGGAGAGGAGGACUGCUCUGAUGCAGGGUUUUGAACUGGUGCCCUCUAACUUGGGCGGUUGGUCUCUGGACAAACACCAUGCCCUCAACAUACGCAGUGGAAUCCUUCACAAGGGAAAUGGGGAAAAUGUCUUCCUCUCCCAGCAGCCCCCUGUCAUCUCCACUGUAAUGGGCAAUGGUUUCUACCGGAGCGUCCCCUGUGGUCCAAGCUGCAGUGGUGCAGCCCGGGAUAUGAUGCUGUUUGCCCCUGUGGCGCUGGCCAGCGGCCCUGAUGGCUCUCUCUAUGUCGGGGACUUCAACUUCAUCCGCAGGGUCCAUCCUGAUGGAUACACCAGAACAAUACUGGAACUCAAGAACCGGGACACCAGACACAGCACCAGCCCGGCCCAUAAGUACUACCUGGCCAUGGAUCCAAUGGGGGAAGUUCUUUAUGUGUCUGACACCAGCAGUCGCAGAGUGUACCGAGUGAGGAACCUCGGGCAGCCAAAAGACCCGUCCCGCAACCUUGAGGUAGUGGCCGGGACAGGGGAGCAGUGCUUACCUUUCGACCAGAGCCACUGUGGAGAGGGCAGGAAGGCCACCGAAGCAGCUCUCAAUAACCCUCGAGGUAUUGCAGUGGAUAAAAGAGGCGUUGUCUACUUCGUUGAUGGCACCACCAUUCAGAAGAUAAAUGAGAGGGGUUUGCUCUCCACUGUGAUUGGCUCAAACGGACUGAUGUCGACGCAGCCGCUGAGCUGUGAUGCACGCAUGGACAUCAGCCAGGUGCGUCUGGAGUGGCCAACAGACCUGGCCAUCAACCCUCUGGACAAUUCCCUCUACAUCCUGGACAACAACAUCGUCUUACAGGUAUCAGAAGGUCUUCAGGUGCGUAUCGUGGCAGGCCGUCCCAUCCACUGCCAGGUUCCAGGUAUUGACCAUCACCUGGUGAGCCGAGCAGCGGUUCGCGCCACCCUGGAAGCUGCCAAGGCCAUCGCCCUGUCUCACCUUGGCACACUGUUCAUCGCUGAAACUGAUGAGAGACGCAUCAACCGCAUUCAACAGGUGUCAACCAACGGGGAGAUAUCUGUUAUCUCUGGAGCCCCCACAGACUGUGACUGUAAGAUAGACCCCAACUGUGACUGCUUCUCUGGUGAUGGAGGCUAUGCCCGUGACGCUCGUCUCAAAGCCCCCUCCUCUCUAGCUGUGGCCCCCAAUGGCACCCUUUAUAUUGCUGAUCUGGGCAACAUCCGGAUCAGAGCUGUCAGCCCCAACCAGCCUCAGCCCAGCCCAGCCGGACUGGUGGAGAUCAGCUCCCCACUGGACCAAGAGCUCUAUCUCUUCAGCCAGAAUGGCUCUCACUUAUACACUAAACACCUGAUCACCGGCCACUACCUGUACAACUUCUCUUACGGCACAGACGGCCAGCUGUCUGGGCUGACGGGCCGGGACAGUCGGGGGCUCCAAGUGAGGAGAGACGCUCACGGAGUGCCCCUCUGGCUGGCGUUACCUGGUGGACAGGUGUACUGGCUGUCUCUUAGCAACAGCGGAACACUGAGGAAGGUGUCGGCCCAAGGCCAUGACAUCGCCCACAUCACUUACCAUGGCAACACAGGUCUCCUAGCAACCAAGAGUGAUGAGAACAGUUGGACUACUGUUUAUGAGUACAACAGCGAGGGCCGUGUGACCAACAUCACCCUCCCCACUGGUGAUGUGAGUGGUUUCCACGGCAACCUGGAGCGCUGGUCUCGGGUGGAGGUUGAGGCAUCCAACCGUGAAAACUUUGUCACCAGCACCAACCUGUCUGCUAGUGACACCAUCUACACAUUCAGACAAGACCACGCACAGAGUUCAUACAGAGUAAGCGCUGAUGGCUCAUUCCUCGUGUCGCUUGCGAGUGGGAUGGAGCUGUCACUCAGCACGGAGCCCCUCCUCCCCGGUGGCGUCGGGGGAGGAGUCAGUCCCACGGCCAGCCGCUGUAACAUCAGCCUGCCUGGAGACCAUGCCCCCAGCCUGAUAGAGUGGAGGCAGAGGAAGGAGCAGAGCAAGACUAACUACAGCACUUAUGAACGCAGGCUCAGGGCACAUAACAGGAACCUGCUGUCCAUAGACUUUGAUCAGAGCACCAGAGUAGGGAAGAUCUAUGAUGACCACAGGAAGUUCACUCUCCAUAUCCAGUAUGACCCACUGGGCCGGCCCGUGGUCUGGUCGCCCAGUAGCAAAUACACCGAAGUAAACAUCAGCUAUUCAGGUGGAGGACUGCUGUCGUCCAUCCACCGUGGAGAAUGGUCUGAGCGGCUAGAGUACGAGAACGACAGGGUGGUGUCCAGAGCCUGGGUCAACGGCAAGAUCUGGAGCUACACAUAUGCGGACAGAUCCAUUAUGCUACUCCUGCAUAGCCAGCGGCGCUACGUGUUUGAAUAUGAGCAGACAGACCGUCUGGUUGCUGUGACGAUGCCCAGCAUGGUGAAACACACCCUGCAGUCGCUCCUGUCCAUUGGUUACUACAGGAACAUAUACACACCUCCUGACAGCCAGGCCUCCUUCCUGCAGGACUACACCCUCGACGGGCGACUGCUGAGGAGUCAGUAUUUGGGAACGGGACGUAAUGUCAUCUACAGGUAUACACCAGCAGCACGGCUCUCUGAGGUGGUUUAUGACUCCACCCUGGUGACUUUUACUUACGACGAAGCCUCUGGCACUGUCAAGACCAUUCAUCUCACCCAUAACGGCUUCAUAAGCUCCAUACGAUACAGGCAGACAGGUCCCCUAACAAGUCGGCAGAUCUUCCGCUUCAGCGAGGAGGGCUUGGUCAACGCCAGGUUUGACUACAGCUACAACAACUUCAGAGUGACUAGCAUGCAGGCAGUCAUCAACGAGACUCCUCUGCCCAUCGAUUUAUACCGAUAUGUCGACGUAUCAGGGCGGGUCGAGCAGUUUGGCAAGUUCAGUGUCAUCUUCUACGACCUCAACCAGGUGAUCACUACCCAUCUGAUGAAGCACACCAAGGUAUUUAACUCCUACGGCCAGGUGGUGGAGGUUCAGUACGAGAUCCUUAAAUCCAUCGCCUACUGGAUGACCAUCCAGUAUGACUCUGCAGGACGCACAACCACCUGUGACAUCAGGGUGGGUGUGGACAGCAACGUGACCCGCUACAUGUAUGAGUAUGACGCAGACAGCCAAUUGCAAAGUGCCUCAGUCAAUGAGCGGCCUCAGUGGCGCUACAGCUACGACCUCAACGGGAACAUCAACCUGCUCAGUCAUGGCACCAGCGCUAGGUUGACUCCGCUGCGCUAUGACCAGAGAGACCGCAUCACACACCUCGGUGAGUUACAGUACAGCGUGGAUGACGACGGCUUCCUGCGGCAGCGAGCGAAUGACCUGUUCGACUACAACUCCAACGGUCUGCUGACACGCGUCUUCAACCGAGUGACUGAGCGCACAGUGUGGUACCGCUACGACGGGCUGGGUCGGCGCGUGGCCACCAAGACCAGCCAGGGCGAGCAGCUGCAGUUCUUUUAUGCUGAUCUGUCACACCCCACCAGGGUCAGCCACUUGUACAACCACAGCAGCAAUCUGAUCACAUCGCUGUACUACGACCUACAGGGCCAUCUCAUUGCCAUGGAGCUGAGCAGCGGGGAGGAGUACUACGUAGCCUGUGACAGUGUGGGGACUCCAAGGGCAGUUUUCUCAAGCAAGGGCCGACUGGUCAAAGAGAUCCUCUACACCCCCUACGGAGAGGUCUAUCAGGACACCAACCCUGACUUCCAGCUUGUCAUCGGCUUUCAUGGAGGCUUGUACGAUCCUUUCACACGGCUGGUCCACUUGGGCAGGCGAGAUUAUGACACGCUAGCCGGCCGGUGGACUUCGCCCAAUCACGAACUGUGGGGGGAGCUGAGCAAGGAGCCGAAGCCGUUUAACUUAUAUGCCUUCAAAAAUAACUGCCCUGUUGGGAGAGUGGAGGAGGUGACACAGUUUACUACAGACAUUGGUAGCUGGCUGCAGCUAUUUGGCUUCCAGCUUCAUAAUGUUGUCCCAGGCUUCCCAAAGCCUGAAGUGGGCAUCACGGAACAAACAUAUGAACUGAUGAAGACCCAGACCAAGACGCAGGACUGGGACUCCAGCAAGGUGGUUUUGGGCAUCCAGUGUGAGCUGCGCAGACAGCUGAGGAGUUUCAUCUCUCUGCAGCGGUUACCUCUGGUGUCAGAGCCUGUAGGCUCAGCUUGCCACCAUCCGACACGCCCUCCUCCCUUCGGCUCGCGACCCUCUCUUCUCGGCCCCAGCAUCCGCUUUGCCAUCUCCCACGGCCGAGUCAGCGCAGAAGUUAUUGGCGUGGCCAGCGAGGACAGCCGCCGCGUGGCAGCAAUUUUGAACGGCGCCGUCCACCUGAGCGGGCUGAGCUUCACCGUGCACGGCUGCGACACCCACCACUUCCUCCAGUCCCGGCCUAUCGAGGAAGACCUCGCCCUGGGGUUAGGAGUCGGUGGCCGUGUCCUAGAGAGCGGGGUGAACGUGAGCGUGUCUCAGAUGAGCGCCACAGUGAACGGCAGGACUCGACGUUUCGCUGAUAUCACUCUUCAGCAGGGGGCGCUGUGCUUGUGCGUACGUUACGGCGGGAACGAGGAGGAGGAGAGAGCGAGGGUGAGGGAGGAGGCGAGGAAGAGGGCGGUGGAGGGGGCGUGGGAGAAGGAGAGGAAGAAGGUGGAUUUAGGGGAUGCAGGGAGCAGAGUGUGGAGCGAGGCGGAGAAGCAGCAGCUACUGUCCGGAGGACGCGUUCAGGGUUACGACGGCUACUACUCCCUGCCUAUAGAGCAGCAGCCGGAGCUGUCCGACUGCUCCUCCAACAUCCACUUUAUGACACUGAGCGAGGUGGGGGGCAGGUAACAGAGACACACGAGCAGCCCCCCACCCCACCAAAGACUGCCUGUUUCUACUCUACUCUGAUUUGUUCUACUGUUUCUAUACUGUAUCAAAAAAAAAAAAAAGAAGACGACGACAAAGAAGAACAAGAAGAGAGAUUGGGGGAAAAAAUGAUUUCCAAAUGCCUUUAAUUGUGACAAAAUGAUGGUAUUUUAUUAUUAUCGUCCAGUUUCUCCGAUUUCUAACAGUGGCACAAGCAGUGUGGUUUGGCUGUGGCUUCGCUUUUUGUAUCCUGACUAGCCUGGGACUUAACGACCGACCGACCGACCGACCGACCGACUGACUGACUGAUGGACUGACUGUCUGUCAUUUGCUGUUUCAACACUGUUCAUCAUUUUUGGACUCUGGUCAAACUCACUGAACUGUAGAGAUGAAGACUUAUAGGAUUUACCAGUGAAUAAUCCUCUUCAUGACUCAAAUCAAGAGCUCUCUGGUUGCCAUUUGAGUUACUACAUGGUUUACCUCGGAUAUACUGUCGUUUACAUAUUGUGUGAGAGAGGCCUUGUCGACUCUGACACUCCCCUUUAGAAAGGGAAACCUUCGCUGGGUUUUCCGCCUCUGGUGUGCUCCAACAGUAGUUUGUAUGAGUGUGUAUACUAAAGUCAAGAAUGUACAUAGCCAGUGCUUUCACACUGAAAAAAGUGCUCAACUGGAAAUUCUGUUGUUCAUAAGUAAGUGUCAGUAUUGUUAAUCAAUAGAAAAACAGUUACAUUUUUGCAAAGAAUUAUACAUGGCUAUAGUAAAUAUUCUCGCUGAAAAAUCUGACUUUAUUGGGUUACAAUGCUGAUUAAAGUUAUUAUGUGUGAAUUA